CCCAUGGAGUGCUACUACAUUGUUAUCAGCUCCGCGCACCUCAGCAACGGGCACUUUCGGAACAUCAAGGGAGUUUUCCGAGGCCCCCUCAGCAAGAACGGGAACAAAACUCUGGAUUAUGCUGAAAAGAAAAACACGAUAGCAAAAGCUCUGGAAGAUCUUAAAGCCAACUUCUACUGUGAACUCUGUGACAAGCAGUACUAUAAACACCAGGAGUUUGACAAUCAUAUAAACUCUUAUGAUCAUGCUCAUAAACAGAGACUGAAGGAACUGAAACAGAGGGAGUUUGCUCGAAACGUAGCAUCUAAGUCACGGAAAGAUGAAAGGAAACAGGAAAAAGCCCUUCAACGUUUGCACAAGUUAGCUGAGCUAAGGAAAGAGACAACAUGUGCUCCUGGAAGUGGCCCUAUGUUCAAAUCUACUACAGUGACUGUGCGAGAUCAUUGCAGUGAUAUCUCACAAAGUGCUGCCAGAGAUUCUGCCAGCAAAGAGGAUUUUGGCUGUACAUUAAUGCACAAUGCACAUAAUUGCAAAGAUGUCGCUUCCAUUAUUUCUUCCGCUCCUGGAAAUGCAUGUAGCAACAAAUACAAUGCUAACAAGUGUGAUCAAGUUCAAGGAGCUCAAGGACACAGAGUUGGGUUUUCUUUUGCUUUUCCUAAGAAAGCAGCCAUCAAACUGGAGUCUUCGGCUGCCGUUUUCUAUGAAUAUAAUGAUGAAACAUCUAUGGAGCAUGGAUUUAGCAGAAGAAGUAGAUUUUUUCCAGGAGCAUGUAACCUUCAGUCUCCUUCAGUGCCAGAAAUAGUCCUCUGCUCUGAGCAAAAAAAUGAGUGUUUUCAACCGCUGGUGGAAAAAUGCUUAGACACAGCAGAAGCUCCUGAAGCUCAAGAAUCCAAAAAGCUGGCCAGUGAAGAAAGGCUGUUAGAGAGUUCAGUAUUAACUCCUUCUGUGCCCCAUUUAAAGCAAUUGGUGUCCUUGGACAUGGAUGACUCUAGCAUUGAUGUAAGUGCAGCAGACUUACCAGACCAAACACUGCCCGUAGUGACAGACAGUGCUGAGGUUCUGCCCCUGGACUGCAGUGUCUACAAACUGGCAGUUGUGGAGAAUUGUUCAUCUCUGCAGGGUGUUGAGGAGGAAAAUGAUACACAUGGGAACAGUGAUUCAUCCACAACUGAAACUGAAAUAAAAAAGCCGGGGGCAGAUGCAAUAGUUACUUCACCACCUGAAGAAGGUAGUAGUGGAGCUCCACAAAGCAAAUCGGACAUGCGCAAGAGACCUUGUGAACCCUUUGUUCCUGUUCUUAGCAAACAUGGAUCAAAUAUUCUUCAGUGGCCAUCAGAAAUGCUAAUUUACACAAGUACAGGUCCAUCAAUUUCUUAUAGCUGUAAUCCUUUAUAUUUUGAUUUCAAGUCAUCAAGAGCAAGUGACAGCCAAGAAAAGCCCAAGCAUCAGCCAAACAUACCUCAUUUGCACCAUAAAACUGAAUCCAACCAUAGCUUAGUGUCAGAUUUGACAAAUAAACCAACUUCAGAGUGUAGCGAUUAUGAAACAAAAAUGAAUGAAAAUCUGUGCAACUGUACAUUACCCCUUAUAAGUGACGUUUCCCUCAUCAGAAAUUGUGAUCUUGCAAAAAAUCAAAGUAAAGUGUCCUUGGAUGAGUCAUUCGGGAUUAGAAAAAUAGAAAAAUAUCACAUUUCUAAAAAUCACUUACGACAAAACACUGUGAUCGAUGAGAAAUAUAACAAAGUUUGGAUCAAAGAAAGCCAAGAAAAAUGGCUUCACAAAAGUAGAAAAAGGAAAAGGAGAAGAAAAUUAUGUCAUUGUCGUCAUUAUCACUGUGGGGACACAACAGAGGCAGAAAUGGAGAUGUCCUCAGUGACUGAAAGAGAGAUUAGUUACAGAGAUGAAAGUAAAUAUCAGCACCUCCAAAAUAAUCCAGAGAAGUGCAGGCAUGAUGUUGGGAAUAACUGGCUAGCUACAGGUGAGAUACAGCAAUCUCAUAAAAAACUUGACACUGAAAAUGGUGAUAGGAAAGUCAUAUCUGCAUCAGGUCACAUACACAGGGACAGAGGCUGGUGUGAGGUUUGGAGUACAAAAAGUAGCAGCCAGCACCAUGGUUGUAAACAACUGCAGAGAAAGAGCAAAGCAAGCUCUCGCAAACAGACAAAGGAGCUGGGCCGAAGUUCCAGGAAGCACAGCUUGAGGUACUUUAAAACAUGUAGUAGCUGGAAAGUCAGGAGUUCAAACUGUAGCCCAGAGCAUAAAUGUUUAGGACAGUGCAGUGAGGAGAAGAACCCAAGUCAAAACCAGUCCAUGAAGAGAGGUUACACCGUUUUGACAGAGGAACCUGAAAAAUCCCACUGCAAGCGGAGACAGCAUUCCUAUUCCUCUUCAUCAGAUGAAAGUUCAUAUGGACAGAUGUUAUCAGCAGAGGAGUAUUUAAGGCAAGCACGUACUUUAAGUACACAUCACAAGGCAAAAGGGAAAAACAGGAGAAGGAAAACUAGAAUCCAUCACAUAUUCCUUGACAGGAACACCAGAAGUGAGACCUCCAGACCUUCCAAAGAAAAUUCUGCAAAUUCUGCAUUAAAUAUUCUGGGGGACUUCUUGACCCAAGACAGUCUAGAGGAAACCAAUAUGGAUACCAAAGCUGAUCACGCGAAAGAUACAAAUGAAGCAGUGCAGCUGGAGGAAAGCAAGUCAUCUCUAGAAACUGAUAGCUCUCACAUGCGAGAUUACAAACUGACACCUUGCACAGAAAUGGAGAGCGCUCUGAGUACCUGUCCUGAUGUCAUCAUAGAUUCUGCUGCCUCUGUUCCUGAACACAGUGCUCCAGCAGCUGCUGGCAUGCAGGAUAUUCUGCAAGAUGAAAAGAAAAUUGAAAAUGUCAGUGGUCGUGAAAAUCAAGCUCAUUACAAAAUUCCCCUCCCCAACAGACAUUUGGAACAAGCUCCUCCUAAAUCCUAUCUUUGCCAUUAUGAAUUGGCUGAGCCUCUAGCUCACGAGAAGAUAAAUGAGCUGACCAGUGAAUGGGUACAGUGUAAUCCUGGCAUAUUUAGCAGCCCACCACCCUUGCCAUUCAAAGAAGCACGUGUCAACAGUCAUAACUUUUUAACUACUGAGCAGUUAAUAGCCCCCUUCACUCUGCCCGACCAGACAUUGAUAUUCUCUCCAGAGAACCAUGAAAAAUUCAAAGAUCUCUCAUCUGAAACAUAUCAACAGAUCAUGCCACAAAACAUACUGGCCAACAAAGUGAAGUUCACCCUCCCUCCUGUAGCAAUCCAACCCCCGAAUUCUCCUCUGCAGCCCUUACCCUUGCAGCCGCCACUGUGUUCUACCUCCGUUACCACCAUACAUCACACCAUCCUCCAGCAGCAUGCUGCCGCCAGUACGUUAAAGGUUCUCCAGCCCCACCAGCAGUUCCUCUCACAGGUCCCAGCGCUUUCAAGAGCACCUUUACCUCAUCUACCAGUAGGACCAAGGCUUUGCCCUGGGGGCCACGCAGCUUUUGUCGCCCCACCACAUUUGCCACUGCUACCACCCUCAGUCCUGCACCCGACCCAGCUGGCAUUUCCCCCUUUGCCACAUACCGUCUUCCCAUCCCUGCUGUCCCCACACCCAGCUGUCAUCCCCCUGCAGCCCCUCUUUUAG